AUGUCUUCUGUGAUACCAAGUGUUACGAGUUUUGAAGUCUCUCAUGUGGGAAACAGUGCAUUAUCCUCUUCAAAGUCUGAAGUAGCUUUAGUUGCAAGAUCAAUUAACCCAAAAAAGCUAAUUGGAAAGUUGUACGUCAAGAACAAAAAAAUGAUUAAAGAACUCAAGACCAUUAUCAAAUGUUUAGAGAGUAUUGAAAGAAUCAAGGAAUCAAAAGAGCACAAGGUUCAAGAAUUCGGAGAGGAGGGAGAAGAGGAUUUACAGAAAAGAGGUAAUUUGGAUGUCAUUGUUGAAGGUUUAUUGACUAAAGUCUUUGUGAGUUUGAAAAGCUCCCAAUUGAUCAACCCUAUUCUCAGAUUUUCUUUAACUGACGAUCAGGUCAGACAAGGAAUAAUUGAUAUGACCAUUCAAUUGUUACAGGCAAAUGUGAUUCCAUGGGAAGAAAUCUUCAAUGCUUUGAAAAAUAGUGGAUUGGCAGUGGAUGUCAUAAAAUUCUUGUUAACUGACCCUGAAUCCAGAUCGGGAACGGUAAGUUUAGUAUUGGAAUUAUUACCAAAAUUAUUGGAACAAGGAAUUAUCUCUUUUAAAGAUGUUUUAGAAAGGAUUAUUCCAUACAUUCCCGGAAAUGUUGAUGGUUUACCUCAGUUUAAAUUCCCAAACAUCACAUUUCCAUUCUCUAUUCAAGAACCAGGAUUCAACGCAACUUUUGAUAGUGGAUCAAGAUCUUUAUUAUGA